GGCGGUGGAGGGGGCGGGUCGCGUCCGGCGCCACGUCCGCAGCCAGAGGCCGCCGUCGCCAACCGAGUGUUCUGGUUCCACAGCCAGAGGAGGCGUCUCCGGAGCUCGCAGUUGACCCAGGCUGUGCCAGCCGCUCAGGCCGCCUCAGCCCUCCUCGGUGCUUCCCGGUCCCUUCGCCCGGCCCCGGCGUCGGCCCCCGACCCGGCGGAAAUCAUGAAUCAGGCAGAUAAAAAUCAACAAGAAAUCCCAUCAUACCUUAGUGAUGAACCACCAGAAGGUUCAAUGAAAGAUCACCCACAGCAGCAACCAGGCAUGCUAUCUCGUGUGACUGGGGGUAUCUUCAGUGUUACAAAGGGAGCUGUUGGUGCCACCAUUGGUGGUGUGGCUUGGAUUGGUGGAAAGAGUCUGGAGGUGACCAAAACAGCUGUUACAACUGUGCCUUCCAUGGGAAUAGGGCUCGUGAAAGGGGGUGUGUCUGCUGUGGCUGGAGGUGUUACAGCUGUUGGGUCUGCUGUUGUAAACAAAGUGCCCUUAACAGGAAAGAAGAAAGACAAAUCUGACUAAAAUAUGGAGAUAUACUUGCUCUCCACAGCAUUAUGAUGCCAGUGGCAUUGAAUUGCUAAAUUAUGGACUACAACCAAGUCACCUGUUUUGGACGUUUAUCUUCUAACUGCUGUGUUGAAAGUAUUGAUGACUGACUGGCUUUUGUCUAAAAAGAAGAGACCAAUACUAGCACAGUGUAUGAAGGUUUCUCACACUCAAAUUCCAGCUUUUUAUCUGGUAAAAUGUUACAGUUAUUCAGUUGUAACUGAAAAUAUGGUAUAUUUGAAUAUUUACGACAUGUCUUUCAGUUUAACUAAAAAUGUGAAAGUUGAAUUUAGUGAAUGAUCUUUACAGUUCCAUAUGUAUAAUGUGCCAGGUAACUCAUUUGCCCCUUAAGAAGGGAACCUUGAACUACAUAAACUGUACCUUUGAUGUGCCUAAUAGUUUCAGAUGUCUUAGUUUUUUAAAUAACCAUAGUUGAUUAGACCAAGAGGCAUUCUUUUCUUAUUUAAGAUGGUAAAAGUAGCAGGAAUUAGAACAGUUUAAAAGAGCGAUUCAUGGUUUUAUGAGUAUUAACCAUCUUUUGUUAGAUAUGCAUUAUAUUAAUUUAAUCAUUGAUGCCUUACAAAAGAAAACAUCUUUUCUAAUACCCUAAAUAUGUGCAGUUGUCAGGAUUCUUUCAAAAGUUGUUUGUGAAAUUAUUUUUCCCUCAAGAAUCUCAGGAGUAGUGGGUUAAAGGAAUCUCUUGCUCUUAGCAGAUAAGAUAGUGCUUGUUAAGUGUCAGUAGUUGUAACCAAAUCGUAUGCUUCAGCUUUGGUUCAUGCUCCAUCAGUAAUAAACCUCACAGUGCCUAAGGAACAUUUCUUUGCUGGUCAGAAGCUAUGUUGGAACAGUUUCAUGGUGAGGAGGAAACAUAAUUUUAAGUUCUUAAAAAUUACCUGUAGCAUCCAAGAUAUAAAAAGAAUUUGUCAUACC